AUGUCUCAGACUCAGUCUGUAAUGCCACCACCAAUUGUAGGUAGAACCUAACCUUUUUUAAUUUCUCUUCUAGAGCCCGUUAUUGUUUGCCCUGACUUGCCCUGCGUAACAGAACCAGAGGUGGCACAGUGUAUUGACAGACCUGUUGACCUGGUGUUUCUUCUGGACGGUUCUGAACGUCUUGGUUAUGAGAACUUCAACCAAGUCCGUGACUUCGUCCAGCACUUGGCGAACCACUUGACGCUGGCGCAGGACAAGAACGAUCGCCAGGGAGCCCGCAUGGCGCUGCUACAGUACGGAGGAGAAGCUGAGCAUCACCUGGCCUUUCACAUGACCCACGACCUUCCGUCCAUCCUAGAGGGUCUGGCCAGCAUGGACUAUCAUGACAUGUCUUCUUCUAUGGUGGGGGCGGCCAUCUCACACACCGUAGACCACGUUCUGACGCGGCUCAACGUCCGCCAGACCAGACGCCACGCCGAGCUCAACUUCGUCUUCAUCACUGACGGCGUCACCGGGAGGAAGGGGCUGGACGAGGGGGUCGACGCCAUGCGAAACAACCAGGCAGUCUCCACGGUGAUCGCCAUGGGGACCGACGUGGAACAGGAAGUGUUGGAGAAGCUGGCCUUAAAGGACCAGUACGCCAUCUUUAAAGGAACAGACUUCUAUGAGCUCAACAAGCACAGCUUCCUAGAUCGGUUCCAUCAGUGGGUCUGUUAAAGGGGAUAUUUUGAUUUGGACUUUUCACGUUUAUGGAUAUCACGGUAUUAAAAUGAUUGAGGUCAA